AUGGCGAGCAGAAGAUCAACACGGUUAUCGAACGAGCUGGAUACCGGCGGGAAGGCCGUCAAUGGCAAGCGAAAGUCAACCGCAGGGGGCAGGGAUGAUGAAGGGGAUGCUGCGCAGCCAAAGAAGAAGAAACAAGGAAGCAAAAAGGGAUUUCAGCCACAACCAGUGACACUACCAGACUCUUCAAAUACUCCCCCUGAAGAGGAAAUACCUCUGAACCUGCCCCCACCACCACCAUCCGCGAAGCCUGCUCGUCGGCGAGAUCCUGCGCGCCGGCCUGCAUCAGAGUCACCGCCUCCACAAAUGACUCUGCAACCCGGCCCAAACCCCGCCAAGAAGCAGAAGGUGGGAGAAAAGAACAGUGAAAGAAGCAGAGGCAAGAGCGUGGAACGAUCAUCCCGCGAUGUGAGAGGGACCGAGGAUGAUCCUCUCGCCGGGGUGGAAGAGACGGCAUCAAUGAGACAAUCUGGGAAAGCGCCAGCGGUUCCACAUCUAUCGUUCAAACGCGACAAACCGCGCUUUUCAGAAGCCCGGCCAGCCUCCCCUCCCCGGAGAACCUUCUCAUCAAAUUCAUCACGCGCCGGGUCGUCCAAAACGCCUGCAUCCACAAAAGGUGCCAUGGGCCCGCCUGUCGGCUUUGUGCGAAAGACGAGAAAAAGCAUUGUCCCUCAAGCGCGUACGUCAGAGGUGCUCACGCACUAUGCGGCACCAUUAGUGGAGAGCGAGACGCCGGUGAUCAACAGGAACAAGGAGUAUAGGCAAGAAACGGGCAGAAGGGGCAGUAAGGACCGAGGUGGUCGAGCGAGCACUAGCUUCGGGAGAGGUGAUAUCACGAUGCCUCACAAAUCCAUCGACUAUCGAAUGCUCUAUCGACAUCUUCCUUCUGGCCUUCCUGAUCCCCACAGGGCGCGAAUUCUCAUAACAUGGAAUGCCAAUCAAGCGACCCGCGAAGCCUUAAGACACAAGUCUUCCUCGAGCAAAGGCAAAGAAAAGGAGACAGAUACCCGCAGAACAGAUGGAGGAGAUAGUUUCAUAAAGGAAAUAAUGGACGACUUCCAUCACAAGAUGUCGAAGGGGCUUGUGGAGACGAAUACGUUCUCGUCAAUAGGGGAUGAGACCGAGCCAUUCUCCAUCUCUGGCCUACGGCCACAUCCAAGAAAUGUGGCUAACCGCCGGACAGAAGCGGAGAUCACUUCGGUCGUCAGAAGGUUCAAAGAAGAAGGUGCCCAAUGGUCUGCCAUCGCCACUGCUGCCAACAGCCGCCAACAAGACACCAUUCGCCGUCUAGAAAAGAAGAUGAUGGCCAACGCAGACCCCGACAUGUCCAAAGCUCCUACAUGGAUGCAACAGAUCCUCGCCGUCACCGAAGAAAUCAUUGCUCAGCCAGACCUCGACCCCAGCCUUCCUGUCGCCCCCUCUUCAGCCGAGGCGCAAGCUGAAGCCAGCGACAAUGCGAGCAAGUUUGAGGAAGUAGAGUUCAAGGUGGACAUGAUUCAUCAGACGAGUCAUGUGGCGCUGCAGUAUGUGAUGCAGAGCUCGAGAUUCUUGGACGGAAUCUUCUCGAGCCUGACAGCAGAUUUGAGGGCGAGGGAGAUGCUGGGGCUUGCGCCGGCACUGCCACCGCCAGACGAGGAUGGACCCGAUACGGUUGCGCUUCUUGCUGCUGCCCGACAAUCUGCCGCUGCAUCAACAACAUUCGCUCCGAAAAAGCCGCGCCUGGAUGCCAUGUCCCUCCUUCGCUCGCUCGCGACGGCAGAGGCGAAAUCUCAGUCUGAAGAGACUGUUGCUGCUGCUGCCAAGGUGGCUCCAAUGCCAGCGAUGAGUAGUAUGACGCCGAGAAGACCGGGGACAGGGGUUGUAGCUGGAAUGACACCGAGGAGAACGGGUGGGCUGAAGAGUGUGAUGACACCGAGGGGAAUGAAGGGUUAUACACCGCGAGGUGAAAAGGAAUAG